UGUUUUAUUAGUCUGUCGCCACCAUUUCCCAUUUCUCCACCGUAAAACAAAAAACCCUAGUCUUCAAGCUCCAAACCUCAUCUCCAUUACUGCCAAGAAUGGGCAAAAAGAAAGUUACCCCUCAAUCCAAUGAUCCCAAGCUUCAAAACCCAUCUCACGAAACCCAUCACCCUUCCAAAGAUUCAACCUUUACAAAAUCUUCCAACCCUUUGAGCCGCCAAUCUUCCAUUGAAGACCCUAAGGAGAAGCUCCAAAAUCUGAAGUCUCUAAACUCUUUACUUGUCAAGGAGGCCUUUGAAAGCAGGCAACAGAUUGAAUCCUUGGCUCAAGCCAAGGAAGCUCUUGAGGCUGAGUUGAGUGAAAAGAAGAAACUUGAAGCUGAGGAGAGUGAUAAAGAUGUGAGCUUUGAGUUUCAAUGUGAGCUGUUUUCAGUUUACACGGGGACCCAAAUGUUGGAACUUGGUGUUGAGAUGGAAAAGAUGAUCGGGGACUUGAAAAGAAAAGUGAAUGGACUGAUGGGUAGUCUUGAAAAUGAGAGGGAAAGGUUGAGUUUGGUUUAUAAAGAGAGAGAUUUGGUAAGGAAAGAUUUUGAAUUGCAGGUUAAUGAGGGUAAGUUGAUGAAAGAGAAACUGAUGGAAAUGGAGGAAAAUCAGAGGAAAUUUGUACAAGAGGUUGGGAAACUGAAAGCGGAAUAUGAUAGGUUGGUUAGGGAGAAAGAUGACUUGGAGAAAGUGAAGAGUUUGAUUAUGAAAGAUAGAGAUUUGUUGCAGAAGAACAUGAAUGAUGCGACGGAGGAAGUUGGGAAUUUGAGAAGGGAGAAUGAAAAAAUUGUGAGGGAGAAGAGAGGGAUUGAGGUUGAGAAAAAUGAGCAAAGAUUGAAAAUUGAUGAGAUGGAAAAGGAAAUGAGGGAAAUGAAUGAAGUUAUAUCGAGUUUGAGGAAGGGAGAUGGUAUUUUGAGGUCGAAGAUUUUCGAGUUGGAAAAGAACUAUUGUGAAGCAAUGGAUCGGGAGGCUGAAAGAGCGAUAGAGAUCGGUGCAUUGGUGGAAGAGAAGAGAGAAAAAGAAAGGAGCAUUGAAAGGUUAAUGGAUGAAAAGGAUUUUGUGUCGAAAUUAUUGGAGGCAACAAUGGUGGAGUCAGGGGAUAGACAUAGAAGAAUUGAGAAGUUGUUGGACAAAAUUGCUGCGGCUGGAAGGGUGUUGGAAAUGAAUGAGAAUGAAUUAAAGGAUAUGCACAAGCAGAUUGAGGAAUUGUCUGGAGAUAAAAUCGAGAUCGAGAAGGCCAAAAGCCGUCUCGAGAUAGAAAAUAUAGAGUUACACAAUAAAGUGAUUGAGCUGAAGAAUGUUGUGCAGAAGCUGCAAGAGGAAUGCUCAGAUCAUCAAAAGAAGAAAAUUGAAUUGAUUUCUGAAGUUAGCUGUUAUCAAGAGUUAGUUGAUCAAGUAACACUUCAGAAGGACCAUGCUUUGAAACAACUCGAUGAGGAGAAGCAUAAUGGUGUUAACUUGAGUUCAGAAGUUACAAAAAUGGAGAAUACACUCAAGAAAACUGUGGAAGAGCUAGCACGGAAGGAGGCUGAAUGGCGGAACGUAAUCAACGGAAAGGAAGAGAUGGAGAGUCACAGUAGAUCAAUGGCUGAAGAUAGAGAUAGAUUGCAUAAGGAACUUUUGGAGGCUAAGAGAAGUUUCAGUGAUUUGAAAGCUAAAAUGGAAUCGACCACCAUUAAUUACGAGCGAGCAUCGACUCUGUUGGAGAACACUGCUUCACUGUUAUGUCAAUUUAAAGCUGAGAACAAUGGGAAAUCGACGGAAGAAGCCGUUGUUGCUGAACAGAAACUCGAAGAUGAAAUAGAAGCAUAUGCAAUGAAAUUGGAAGCAAUCAAAAAGGCAUUUAAGAACAAAGAGACGUUGGCUCAAGACUUGAAGCAGAAAGUUGUGUUGAUGGAGAAAUCCAUGGCGGAAACCGAAAAGAAAAAGAGUUUCUGGACUUUAGUGUCUUUUGCAACCACAAUUUUGGCUGCAAUUACUUUGGCAUAUGCUGCAAAAGGACGUUGAGUGGUUUGUGGUUUU